CUGCCUUCUGCACGCCCCCUACCGGGGAUCGAGCCCGCAACCUGGGCGUGGGCCCUGAGUGGGAAUCACCGGCGACCUCUCCGUGCACCAAAGGACACCCAGCCUACUGAGCCACACGGGCCAGGGCUGCUUCAGCUGUUUUGUCCUUCGUUUUCAGGGACCACUGCCUUGAGCUGGAGAGUUCAAUGGCUGACAGUAGGCUCUGGGCUCCGGACCUAGGGGCUCAGCUGGGAGUUUCCGGUUGUCUGAAAAAAUGCCAGAAGAGCUCCCCAGAUGCUAGGAGGCAGCAGCCCUUUUCUGGAAGGUCCUUUUACUUGGAUCUGCCUGCUGGCAAGACUCUCCAGUUUUUGACGGAGGCAAUCCAGCAGCUGGGUGGGGUAAUUGAGGGUUUUCUGAGCAAAGAAGUAAGUUACAUCGUGUCCAGCCGCAGGGAGGCGAAGGCAGAGAGCAGUGGGACAAGCCACAGAGGCUGCUCCAGCUCCAGCCCCAGCGAGGUCAGAGUGGAAACACCGUCCAUGGCCGAUCCAAAGGGCAGCCACACCAGGCCUUCACAGAAACCCGUAGACUUGGUACCUAUGAGCAGAGGGAAGGAGCUGCUGCAGAAGGCCAUCAGAAAUCAGGGGAGCAGCAGCGGAGGAGGCAGCGGGAGCCCCAGUAGCCUCCUGACCAAUGCCCGCUCCUGGGGAGUGAAGAUUCUGCAUGUGGACGAAAUGAUGAUGCGCGUGCAGCAGCUCUCUCUAGAUGCUGUUUGUGUGAAGAAACAAGGGCCAAAGAAGCCAGAGGGAACGUGUCCCGCAGAGUCAAGAACACGGAAAGUGGCCAGACUGAAGGCACCGUUCCUCAAAAUCGAAGAUGAGAGCAGGGAGUUUCGUCCUUUCCACCAUCAGUUUAAAUCCUUUCCUGAAAUUUCUUUUCUGGGACCCAAAGAUGCAAGUCCCUUUGAGGCCCUGACGAUCCCGGGCAGCUCGCGCCGCACCAGAGGACCCAAGGACCGAGAGCCACGCCCACGAUCAGCCACCCGCACCGCGCCCAGGAGGAAGAAAGGUUACUGCGAGUGCUGCCAGGAGGCCUUUGAGGAGCUCCAUGGG